AUGUUAUCUUCAGUAUUUUCUACCCUCGCUUUAUUUUCCACAACUUAUGCAUAUUCCCUCAAUGAUUUCCUUGUUGGAAAACAACCUGUCUCGAAAGGACUCAGAUUAUCUUUCAAUAAUCCAUCAUCUGCAAAACUUCAAAAAAGAGAUGUGGAAUAUGUACUUACACAAAGUGGAAAUGAAUAUACAAUAUCUGGUUUAGUCGAUAACGAUGCAUCCGUUCUUUUUGAACUUAAUACGGCUGAUCCUACAACUUGGGUUUCUAGCAGUGUCUCUGAUGAUUUUUCAAGUUUGUGGACCUGUUCGGGAACUGACUUUACUGUUACUGAUUCACUUGGAAAUACUGCCAGCGGAACUUUGUGUCCGAGUACUUUGAGUUUUGACAAUGAUGUGGAGCUCGAAAAUAUUUCCGUUGGUCUUGCCACUUCCAAUGAUUUUUCCGCCGAAGGUAUGAUUGGACUUGGUAAAGACAGUGAUGGGUCAAAUUCAUUCAUUGAUACAUUAUAUGAUCAAGGUUAUAUUGAUAAAAAAAUUGCUUCUAUUUAUUUGCACCACAUCCAAAUGAAUGGAGAAUUAGGCUUGGGAGUUAUUAACAGUACCCUUUACGAAGGUACUUUAACUUACGUUGAUUCUGUUUCUGGUUCGUUGUCUGGUGGUUGGUACGUGAAUCUCGAUGGUAUUUCAGAUAGUUCAGGAAAUACCAUUUCCUCAUCAUCCGGAGUUGCUUUGCUUGAUGCUUCCUCAACUGUUAACUACCUUCCAUCUAGUGUUAUUGCCAGUAUUUCUGAGACUUUAAAUGGUACAUACGAUAGUUCGUUAGGCUUAUACCAGGUCAACUGCCAUGAUAUUUCAAUCUCCAAAGAAACUCUUGAUUUCAGUUUCGAUAAUGAUGUCGAUAUCUCCGUUCCCGCAGAUAACCUAUACCUAACAUAUGAUGAUAAGUGCUAUCUUUCCCUUUAUCCUUCAGAAAAUGAUGAAAUUGUGCUCGGUGAGCCAUUCUUUGUGGGUGCUUAUGUUGUCCUUGAUUACGAAAAUUCAAAGGUUGGAUUUGCUCAGGUUGAUACUGAUGGCACACAGGUCACCAAAUGUUCUGUCUGCAGUAAUGUCAGGUAUACAUGUGUUUCCUGUACUGAUGUAACCUUUGUCACUUCAACGGUGGUUACUUCUACUUCCACUUGGUAUUCGAGCUCUACUGUUGUUUUCAGUGACUCCAGUAGCUUGUCAACCUUAUCCACUUCCAAUUACACAUUCUCUUCAACUUCCUCUUUGUCUACUUCAACAGCUUUGACAAAUUCUUUAACAACUUCUCCAACAUCCUCUUCAACUACGUCCUCAACUUCAUCCUUAAGUACCUCUUUGAUCACGUCUUCAACUUCAUCCUCUACUUCUUCAACUUCAUCCUCUACUUCUUCAACCCCAUCCUCAACCACAUCUGCAACAACAUCCUCCACUACAUCAUCAAUUUCUUCUUCAUCGUCCUCUUCAACUUCAUUAACUACUUCAUCAACCACUUUAUCAACCAUUUCUUCAAUCUCUUCAUCAACUACUUCAUCAAUUACCUCUUCAGCUACUUCUUCAACUACGUUCCCAACUCCAGUUGUGAUCUCUUCGGUGACAAAUUCAAGCUCAUCAACUACUUCAGCAUCAACAUCUUCUCCUUCCACGAGCACUUUAGUGACAUGCUCAUCAACUGAUUCCCUUGGUAGCUGUGUUAUAUCGUCAUCCACGUCAGAUAGCACUACCUUCACUUCGCCCUCAAGUUCUUGCUUCUUGACAAAUUCUACCUGGAGAUGUAGUGAGUCCACCUCUGCAACAUCUAGUGUCACUACAGAGACAACUUCUACUUCAUCGUCCAUACCUGAUACCUCCUAUUCAACUACAUCCUUGACCUCAAAUACAUGCUUGCUUGUCGAUUCUACCGGUGGAUGUUUGAGCUCAUCAACAUUUAGCGGUACUACCCCAGAGCAAACCACAGAAGAGGUGCCAUCAUCAACAAGUUCAACUUCUAGUACUGUGAGCUCGACAUCAUCUAUUCUUUCUCCACUGGAUUCAACUUCUUCAUUAGUGUCAAAUACUUUUGAAACCACAUUUGUGGGAAAUUCAUCUUCCACACCUAGUGCUUCAUCAAGUGUACCAUUGUACACCACAUGCGAUUACACGGAUUCAAAUGGAGAAGUUCAGACAGGUGCCAGUAUGUGUUCAGUUGCCGCCACUGAAUUCACCCCUAAUGCUACAUCCAGUAUAACUGCUACUGUUCUUGUUUCAACUCAGGAAUGUUUCGAUUCUCGGGGAAGCAACACUCCUUGCUCGGUUGAAAGUAUUUAUUACUCGAUACCAUCCUCUUCUGUCCUAACCACGAACACACCUGAGGUCACGAGUUCUGAAGUUAUAACUGCAAGCUCUUUCCGGAAUGGAACUACUACUGCAAGCUUAGUAACGAGCUUAUCCCAGGUCUCAACUGAAAGCACUGUUGCAGCUAUCUCUACAUACUCUGCCGGUGCAAACAACUUUGCUGUCUCUGCAAAUGCAUUCAAGGGUGUGCUCUACUUCAUUGUGCUUAACAUAUUGAUGUGGUGA